AUGGAGGGCGACAAGAAGGCGGCGGCCGCCAUGGCGGAGGAGGUGGUGGAGCAGAAGACGAAGGAGGUGGCUGCUGCUGGUGAUGUGAGCCUGAAGGAGCUGUCGAAGAAGCUCAACGACUUCGCCAAGGAGAGGGACUGGGAGCAGUACCAUAGCCCCAGGAACCUGCUCCUCGCCAUGAUUGCUGAAGUCGGGGAGCUGUCAGAGCUGUUCAUGUGGAAAGGGGAGGUGCGGAAGGGCCUCGCGGACUGGGACGAGGCCGAGAAGGAGCACCUCGGCGAGGAGCUCUCCGACGUGCUGCUCUACCUGAUCCGCCUCUCCGACAUGUGCGGCGUCGACCUCGGCGACGCCGCCACCAGGAAGAUCGUCAAGAACGCCGUCAAGUACCCGGCGCCAUCCAAGGAAGGCGCCUGA